ACAAACUGAAUCUAUGGUUAUUUCUUUCUAUUACGUUGAAAGCAUAUAGUAGAACGAGAAAGAUAUUUCCCUUAUAUCAAUAUUGUACUGCCUUGCCGGACAUCAAAUUAUCAGCGAGAAUUUUGAUUCCUGCUUCGAAUAUGGAAGAAAAUCCUGAAUCUGCCAAAGUGGUCGAGCCAGAAUCACCCCUGAAUUCUGUAGAAGAGGAGAAUACAAGUCUACAAAUUGACGUGGGAAGUGAUGACAAAAACCAAGCAAUUGAGUCAGAAGAGGACAUAGCUCCUGGAUCUCAAAGUGAAGAAGAAUUGAAGCAGAAUCCCGAUUAUUUCAGAAGUGAAAAUGACACAGAUGUUGAGGAAAAUGAAGGAAGUUUAAUUUUGGAACGCCAAGAAGGAGAUGGCCAAGAAAGUAUUCCUCAGAAGGCAGCUAAAGUUGACGAUGAUGAAGAUAAGAAAAAUCCUCAAUAUAUACCCAAACGUGGUACAUUUUAUGAGCAUGAUGAUCGUACUGCAGAUGAUAUAGAAGCACAAGAGAAUGCGGAAAAAGAAAAAAUUGAAAAAGAAGGUAAAAAGAAAUUGUGGCAGGAUAAAAAAGAAAGAUGGUCACAUGAUCGCUUCAAUGACCAAGAGCAAGCUCCAAAAUCUAAAACAGAACUGGUUCAAAUUUAUGGAUAUGAUAUACGAAAUGAGGAUGGACCUCCAAGAGCAAGACGGCGCAGAAGAUAUGGUCGAGGCCCCAACAAAUAUACACGUAAUUGGAAAGAUGAAGAUGCUUACAAUAAAACUGUCCCACAGAAACCACAAAAGAAGAUUCAGAAACCUCCUUCUGAGAUCAGUGAAGAGUUUCCUCCAUUAGUUAAUGACAGAAAAGAAAAAUCUCCUGAGGUAUUUUCUGAGCAAUCUGAGUGUGACAUAAAUAGGACUGUCUCACCAAAACAAUUUCAGAAUAAUACUGAAGUGGAAGAAAGGAACGUUUCUCCUCAGAAAGAAAAAACACAGGGUUCAUUUAGUACUACUUUUGUUAACAGUAAACUUUCUGAACAAAGUUCCUUGAUAGAUAAAACACACAAGGUAGGUUCUGGAAGGGUUUCAAAAUCGAAGCAAGUAAAUUCCGGAAGAUAUGAAUCCUCCGAGCCAUCAAGAAUUGAUGUGUCUGACUAUAAAGGUUUCACCACUAAAGUUCGUAUGAGUCGAAAUUUCAAAAAUCAAAAUAUCAAUAAUAAAAAUCAGAAAAAAGAGAAUCAUAGCCAAUAUCAAAAUUACCCCUCUAAUAAAAAAGGUGAUUUCAAAGAACAAAAAGAAGAUGGUAUUGAGAAUGCAAUGGCUUCAAUGAGUAUUCAAGAACCGAGAGUAACAGACAAAGGGAAUCCAACCAAGACACAGAAUAGACAAGGCAGUGUUCCGCCACGUAUGCAGGGAGAGCAGAAAGGAUCAAAGCGGUAUAGUUCAAUUAGGCAAAGAUCACUACCUGAAGCUAAUAAUCCUCCAGUUCUGCAGCAUACAAAUUAUUUUGCAAAUGAUUUGAGUCAAGCACCACAACCCCAAGCAACUGUUGGAACUGUUAUUCAUCAAAAUCCAAAUUUGCUGCAAACACCUGCUACAAUCACUCAGUUAGGUGCUCCACCUUCCAUUCCCUUAGCACAAGUUCCUGCCCCUAAUGCUCCUAUCCUUCAAGCUCCACCCCAAUUUGCACCUGCUUAUGCCCAACCUGCUGCUUUCAUUCAAGCAGCAGUACCUCCACCAACUUUUUUGCAACAGCAAGCACCACCCAUUAUUAAUUAUGUGCAAACUACACCUCAGUACCCUGCAGGAUAUCAAAAUUAUCCUUACCAACAGACACAGUCAACUGAACUGUAUCAACCCCAAGGAGGUAUCACCUAUUACUCAACUGAUCAACAAAUCGCUCAAAGAACUGUACCUCCAAAACGUCCAAAGGCUGCCAUACCUAUAGUAGCUCCUCCAUCUUUAGAAUGUAAAAAAGGAGAUGAGGAGAGAAAGGUAGAAUAUACUGCGGACGGUAACAUAAUUGAGUGAAAUAAAAAGAAAAUCUCUUUUUUUUUUUAUUAUUCUGACUACUCCUUAUUGUAGGAUAAAUUAUUAAGGUGGUAGUUUUAUGUCAAGCAUAAAUUUUUACUAUUUACUCAAUGGGGUUAAUGUACUGUAAUGGAGAUGUGAAUUCAUACAAAACAGGGUAUUCAGUUUAGUAUUGAAUUAUUUGGAUAUUUUUUUUUUUUUUUUUUCAAUAUUUUAGAUUAGUAUUUUUUUAUAUUCAAUAAGGAUCCUUGUUUUGAGUGUAGGAAAUAUUUUUUCCUAUAAUUCAAUACUUUUCAUCUGAAUGCUCUAGAUGUCUAGAUAUUAUUAGCCUAUUGCUUUUUACAAUUUAAUUACUUAUUCGAUAAUUUCAGAUUUGAAGUAUAUGAGUAUAUAUUUAUAAAAUUCAUUACUUGUAAGCAUAAAUUAUUUAUUAUCAUAUUACUCAAUAUUCGAAGAACUGUUGAAUAUUCUGUUCACGUAAAAUGGAUGAUUAAUAAACUUUUAUAAAUCGUU